AGGCACGGAGAUGUGACCGCUGGUUUGACUGUUGAGGAGUGUAACAGUGUCUUAAGAAGCUCUUGAGGCCAAGAUCCCUGAUUCAAAGAGGUGUGGACGGAUGGACGGGGACAUCUUCCAAUAUUGAUGACUUCACCAAUGUAGGCUUAACAGUGCAGCAAUCUUCAGCUUUCACUGGGGCGGUUUACGGCUGAGAGUGAAUUUGCCCUCAGGCAGAAAAGGAUGGAGCGUCCUCUCUGGGUCAGGAAGUUGCUGUUGCUGUUCCUGGUAGAGGAGUUUAAGUAUCUCAGUGUCCCGUUCACAAGCGAGGGGAGAAGAGAGCAGGAAACUGACAGAUGGACUGGUACAGCGUCUGUAGUGAUGCAGAUCAUAUACUGGUGUGAUGUGAUAAAGAAAAGGCAGAACGAGCUGUAGAUUCCUGUAUGGUGACCGAAGGGUUUUGAGAUGAGGUCAGGAGCUCAGUCAAUCAGAGAGGGGCUCAGAGGAGAGCUGCUACUCCUUCUUAUCUGAAGGAACCAGUUGAGGAUGGGUCUACCUCUGGACAGCCCAGACAGAAACACUGACACACACAAUGUGAGCAGCAGGGAGGAGAGGAGAGCGAAAGCCAAAGUGAAGCUUACAGAUGCAUGCCGCGGCCCUUCAGCAAGCAGAGAAGGAAAAGCAGAAGAGACUGUGGAUCAACCUCACCAACUGCAAAUAUGAAAGUGUGCGGCGAGCUGCUCACAGAUAUGGCCUCAGAGAGGCGAUGGACGGCGAAGACUGGACGCUGUUCUGGACUGACUGCUCUGUGUCUCUGGACCGUGUUAAAGACAUGAAGCGUUACCAGAAAAUAAACCAUUUCCCGGGGAUGAAUGAGAUCUGCCGCAAAGAUUCUCUGGCCAGAAACAUGAACCGCAUGCUCAAGCUUUUCCCCAAAGACUACAACAUCUUCCCCAGAACAUGGUGCCUUCCUGCAGAUUACAGUGACUUCCAUGCUUACACCAGGGCCAAAAAACACAAGACAUUUAUCUGUAAGCCUGACACCGGUUGCCAAGGCAAAGGCAUCUUCAUCACCAAGUCCAGUAAAGACAUCAAACCUGGAGAACAUGUGAUCUGCCAGGUUUACGUCUCCAGGCCUUUCAUCAUUGACGGGUUCAAGUUUGACCUGCGGAUCUAUGUGCUGGUGACGUCAUGUGACCCGCUCAGCAUUUUCAUGUUCAAGGAGGGACUGGCUCGCUUCUGCACCACGAAGUACAGCGAUCCAACGCACAGCAAUGUGGAUGAUGUGUGUAUGCAUCUCACCAACUACUCCAUCAACAAGCACAGCGAGAACUUUGUGCGUGACGACGAUUCUGGGAGCAAACGAAAGCUGUCCACUCUGAACAAGCUGCUGGAGUCCAUGAACUGCAGCACAGAGAAGAUCUGGAUCGACAUCGAGGACGUGAUCAUAAAGACUCUGAUCUCUGCCCAUCCCAUCCUCAAGCAUAACUACCAAACGUGUUUCCCCAGCCACACCACUGGCAGCGCGUGCUUUGAGAUCCUAGGCUUCGACGUGCUGCUGGAUCACCGGCUCAAACCCUGGGUGCUGGAGGUGAAUCACUCCCCAAGUUUUACCACUGACUCCCAGCUGGACCGUGAGGUGAAGGACGCUUUACUGUACGACACUCUGGUUCUCAUCAACCUGGGCGCCUGCGAUCGCCGUAAGAUUACCAAAGAGGAGAGACGUAAGGUGAAGGAAAGACUGCAGCAACACCGCUCCAGAGAGGCCAGGUCCGAGGAGCUGCGUCAGUGCCAGGCAGCCACGGUGAAGCAGAUGGAGGGGUAUGAGGCCAAACACCUGGGAGGCUUCAAGAGGAUUUAUCCCAGAGAGGGAGGGGAGAAAUACGACAAGUACUUUAAACACAGCAGCUCGCUUUUCCACGAGACCACAGCGUCGAAGGCCAGAGAGGAGUGUGCCAGGCAACAACUGCAGGUGCUGCGUCUGAAGCAGGAGCAGAAGGAGCGGUACCAGAACAAAGGCCGGAGGAGAGACUCGCAGGGGGAGACUGCUGGGGAAGGAGUCAAACCAAGAAGGGUGUCAGUGCCGACCCCCAUUUCUAACCGCAACCCAGCACCGGUGAGGCGCUGUUUGAAGAUGCAGUACCCACAUGAAACCACAAGAGGGAGACACGCAGCGUUUCCCCGUGAUGAAUUGCUUUUGCUCUGUCAGCCUCCUGUGUCCAGCCCAUCAGCAGCUCCAGAGUCUGCAGAGGUCGAAGAAGAGGCGGAGGAGCAUCCGGAUGAGGAGGAGGAGGAGGAGGAGGUGGUGGAGGAGAAAGAGGAGGAGAAAAAAGUGGCAUUAAUAGAUAAACGUGAACAGCUCAGCGUGCUGUUCCAGAGGAAGAAACUAGUGCAGGACCUGGGGGUGGUGAACCAGAUCCAGCAGCUGCUGCAGGGCCACGGAGAGGGAGGGGGCGUGCAUGGCUGCUUCUCCUACCAGUUGAGAAACCAUCAGAGGCAGCACAAGAAGCUGGAUUCACUGAUGCAUUUUUCUCAAAGGACAAAACAGCAGGAGGCACCUGAGCAGCAGCUCGACUCCCUCGUGACUCAGCAGCAUUUUCUCAGGCCCGUGGUAGACCGCAGCCGCCUGAACGGCGAGCCCGUCCGCCUGCGGUACAAACCCACGAGCCACAGCAGAGUGGGAGAACCACGCCGGAUCGUCAGCCCCCAGCAGGCGUCCUGGACAGUCAGCAGCUCUCCGGCCGUCAGUCAGGACAGCAGGAGCAGCUUCUCCACCGACACCCGGUCCCGUCCCUACAUCCCGUUCUUAAACUGCAUCCCCAAAGGAGGCCCACGGUGCACCAACGUGUUCCGCGACCCCGACGCCCUGCAGAGCCUGCUCGUCAUAUCCACGUGCGUCCCGCUGCUCAAGAGGCCGGGCUUCCCUCACAGAGCCACCCAGCAUAGUAACGGGCAGUGAGGGCACCGGGACCGCCGACCUCUUGAAGCCCCUCCGAGCAGGACGUGGAAGUUCAGACCUGCUGCUCUGAUCUCACACUGAAGCUGCUUCAGAUAGAAAAUCAUUUUUAGAUAAAGAGCCUUAAAGGGAGAAAAUGCAGACAUGCAGCAUGCCUUUGUUGGACUUCUCAUGUUUGUGCACUGAAUGACCUCCAGCACACACACAACAUCACAGCUUUUUUUUAUGAGUCUGUGCGUUCAGAUUAAUACAUUAAAUCUAAUCUGAUGCAUAAAUCCGACAUAUAUAGUUAAUAUUUAGCACUGAGGAUGAAUUAUUUCAGAGUGCCAAAAUAAAAGCAUGCUGAGUUAACAUGUUAAAUCUUUUACUCUGAAAGAAAAAAAAUGAACUCACUGAUUUUAUGAACAUAAACUGGCUCAGCUAAACUGAAUGUGACUAUUAAAGUUUCAUCAUUUAAUAUUAAAUUUAGUUUGAGAAUCUUCACACUGGGGACAUUAAGAAUAAAAGCUGCUGCUCCUCGUGCGUGCAGUCAAGUAUUAAUAAUAACUUUAUUUGCACCAAAUAAAAUGUCAUAUUUUUUUUCCAGGUGAUUUAGUUUCA